UUUUGAAAGUCGCCGGCACGAGCCGCAAACCGUGCGACGUGCGCGAGUUGCAGCAAGGUUCUUUAUUCUAUGGUUGCAGCAAGGGUUGAAUUAUUCAAGUCGCAAAGCGGUUGAGAAGUGAGCAGCAAUAUGCAUUCUUUUUCGGAUGACGAAACUUCCUUUCGGUGUCGUGUGCCCGACCCUGCAUUUGGGAGUGGCAGAACGAGCUUUGCAUGGGGGAUUGGGAAUUCCCUCAUGGUUUUCCCUCAGGCUCCGGAUGCCAAGCAAGCCAAACCGAAAGGUCAAAGAAAGGCCGGCUACCUGCAUGAUGUCUGUUGGAACACUUCCCUCUACAACAGCGUGAUGAGACAGCUGGUCAAUGAGUCAUCUUCGGUGUUCCUAGACUUGCAGAAUUUUGCUCGAGAGUUCAAGGGUGAGACAGCACAUCCAGGCUUCGUGACGACCAGCAGGAGUUACCGUGCUACCCUGAAUGGCUGCUGGAAUAGCUGCCAGGAGGAAAUGCAGUCAGUGGAUGAGGACAGCAGGCUGGAUUUUAACUGCAAAGGUGAGCAUUGACCAGUCAUGGCCUUAAUGAACAAGAAACAUUAUGAUGAUGCAUGCAAUUUCAGGCAACGUGCUUCACAUUGCUUUCUG